GAAAUCUAUAGUGUGCGCGGUUUCAAGGUGAGCCACCACCGUCAGCAGACAGGCAGCAGUCAGUCAGUCAGUGCGUUCCGCAAGUGAGGGUGAGCUGCUCCGUCUCUCAGCUGAGCACUUCUGUAUAGGGAAGAUCUGCUGCUGUUUGACUGCGGUCCGGAGUUACAUAAACAUCGCGCGUUUGGAUCGGCCUCGGUCGCGGGUGCCUUCCGUAGAUUCCAAAGGAACAAACCGGAUAAAGUCGCUGUUUCUCGUCUACCGAGUGGAUGACUUUCGAGUCUGCCCCGUCAGGGUCACGCAAAGGUCUAGUGAUCGGAAGAAAGAAGCCCAAGCCGAUGCAAAGCUGACGAAACGACGAGUAUAGAUAAGCUGUUUGUUAUCUGAGGCGCAGAGAAUACAAAAGAAUAUAUCGGUGACGCAAAAAGUAUCACGCAAGUCACAAAGUUCACCCCGCGCAUAGGUGACUGGCGAGCGAGCUCUCGGUUCCGGACAACCCUCCAGGGCGAAGCAGCAAUGAACCGGAAACAACGGGCGUGACGUCAGUCGGUCAUCGGAUAGAUUGGAAUCGACUAUUGGGAGGAAUAUUUGCAUAAGAAAUCUCGCGCUUUAGUCGCGGUUGGACAAUAACAAGAAAAGGACACCACAUCACGAUGGAAAGCGGCGAGGCCUUUAUCAAAACCAUCGAGUGGGACAUGAUGGACAAGAAGAAGUUCUUCCCGCUGUCGAUGCUGAGUUCGUUCUCGGUGCGCUGUGCGUUGUUCCCGCUCACCGUGAUCAAAACACAACUGCAGGUCCAGUACAAAAACGAUGUCUACAAGGGAAUGAUCGACGCCGGCGUCAAAAUCUACCGCCACGAGGGCGUUCCCGGCCUGUACCGCGGGUUCUGGAUAUCCUCGGUGCAGAUCGUGUCCGGAGUGUUCUACAUCAGCACCUACGAGGGGGUGCGGCAUCUUCUCAACCAGUACGGCGCCAAUCAACGAACGAAAUCUCUGGUGGCGGGCGGAGCGGCCUCGCUAGUCGGCCAAACCAUCAUCGUCCCAUUCGACGUGAUAUCGCAGCACGCGAUGGUGCUCGGAAUGGGCGGAGGAGCUGCGGGGGGCUUAAAGGGGGGAAGUUGCAAUCCGUUGGGAAUUGAUUUCGAGAGGAGUAGCAGAAUGCGGAUAACAAUGGACAUUGCCCGGGAGGUGAUGCGACGGGAUGGAUUCAAGGGAUUCUACCGGGGGUACGUGGCCAGUCUGAUGGCAUACGUGCCCAACUCGGCCAUGUGGUGGGCCUUCUACCAUCUGUACCAGGACGAACUGCUGAAGGUGUGUCCCCCGUGGGUGUCUCACCUGUUGGUGCAGUGCGUGGCCGGCAGUUUAGGCGGGUUCACCACGACCGUCAUCACCAACCCCCUGGACAUUGUGCGCGCCCGGUUGCAGGUCCAACGGCUAGACUCGAUGCAGGUGGCCUUCCGCGAGCUGUGGCACGAGGAACAUUUCCACAUGUUCUUCAAGGGUCUGACGGCGCGGUUGGUCCAAUCGGCUGCGUUCUCAUUUAGCAUUAUCUUAGGCUACGAAACGAUCAAACGAGUGUCGGUGAACGAACAGUACCGGCAUCUAAUAAAGUGGUGAUUUGGCCACUGCUCUGUAGGGUCUGUUGGAGAUGCGGCGCCGUCGCCGCCGCAUAUGCGUAGCAUGGAAGCGGUGGCAGCUCGGCGGCGGUGUGGAAGCAAUGGAACAAAAGAAUUCUGAUGCCAUCGCGCACAGUGGGAUUCGAUGGGUGGACGAUCAUUGUGACCGAAAUAAUAAAACCGCCGCGCAAAAAGUUCACGUUUAUUAGGUAACGCUAGGUUCCAAAGUUGUAAAACAAUAUACUUAUAUUAUAGAGACUAUAUAUUAUGAUUGAAUGUGCAAGUGCGACUCAAAUAAUGUUUCAAAUGCUGACACUUGUUAUGUACUAAUAAAAAUGUAAAUGUUGUACAAUUUUUUGUUUGUAUCUAUUAGUUAACAUCGAUUCAGAUUCAGCCUCUAAGGAUGUACUCUGAGAUAGUCAACGUAAUGUUAAAUAAUGGCGAUAAAGCGGCCUCAGGCUAAAAAUCUCCCCAAUAAAGAAAACAAAUAAAAUUUU